AUGUCGUUGCCGGACUUGGUGGGCGGUAGCGCGCAGUGUGGGCCUGUGAACCCACUCCAACAACUUGGAAAGCGAUUUGGACAGGAUCGAGGUACGCAGUUCGAUUCGCUUCAGCCCGGCCCUGAGGCGGUGGCUGGACGUCCGUCGACGUUCCGUACGCAACGUGCGCCACUGAGCGAAGAUCCGGCGUUCUUUAGCGCGGAGCCAGUGGCGCCGUUCCAGGUGGAUCAGCUUCGGCAGGCCUUACCAAAUGUCCAUCCUCAUGCGGCUUGGGCGCCGAAUGCGAGCCAUAGCCACAUGGCUGGGCCUUCUGCUGCAUCAGCACCGAUGACCUCCGCCACGGCUAGCACCACGGCACCGGCCUGGGCUCAGGAUUUCAUGCAAGCGACUCGCUCUUCCGGAAAAGCGCGCACGGGUGCAUCGCAUUUCAAUGUGCAGCCGCAGCGGCCCAUGGCACAGUUCCCGCAUCGCCCUUUCCAUGCGCAUGCUAUGCCGAUGAUGACAGCGACGCGCCCCAUGCGUCCUGCGCACACAGAACCGGACGCGAUCGCGUCCGUAAGUCAAUCGUCGUGGGACUCUGCCUUCACUGCCGUCGAUGCGCAACAUGCCACAGAGGCGAUGCCCACCGAAGCGCAGCUCGAUACGAUGAAUGCCGAUGAAUUGGCCGCUACGGCCGAGCGUCUCCUUCACGCUGUCAGAAACGAUACCAGCGAAAAGUUCCAGCAGAGUGAAUUCCUGGGGCUCAUGCGUAAGCUGCGUGAUCGGGAGGCAGAAGUGCGGGGGGCCGACAUUGUCGAUGCCAACGCCAAAGGCAAGGCGAAGGCGGAGGGCCCACCUACCCAGGCCUACCUGGACCAAAUGCUACGUGAUGCUACGUCGAAUGCUGGUCCUACGACCACGGGGCAUGCGCAGACGAUGCAGCACGAUGCCUUGGCCGAUCUUCAAGAGUUUUGGCAGGAAGAAGAUGCGGCGAAGCAGACCCGUGCCUCCGCGACGCACCCCACCUUCAUGGGUGACAGUGGUGAUGUGGCUGCGCGUAUGCGAGAAGAUGAGGCUUUGCUGUCGUCGAAGCCAUCUGUCGAAGUACCGCAAGACGACGACUUUAUUGCAAAGGAAUACAACAAGUGGACCUCAAUGGGCGCUAAUGUCUCUGGUGCUACUCAAGCGUGGGAGGAAACGAUUGAAAACGAGGACUUUGUCGGGCGUGCCUGGCAAGGACAGCAAGGUCGCGGACAGCGAGGUGCACAGCAUGCAGAGUGGGAUAAGCUGCAGGCGGAUUGGGACGAGUUUGAAGCGACGACCGAUGGCAUUUAUCCUACAGUGGCCGACCGUAUUCAGCAGCCGUUCCCGUACGAAGCGCCGCAGUACGUGUUCCAUGAUGCCAACCCAUACAUGGCCAACAUGACACGACAGCACCUCUCGCAUACCUCGCCGUCCAUGCUCGACAAUGUACUCGAGCAGGAAGCCGCUGUCCAAGCUGAUCCUACAGAUGCUUCGCGUUGGUACUCUCUGGGCCUGCGGCAGCAGGAGAAUGAGCGUGAGAAGCAAGCGAUUGCGGCGCUGCGCAAGGCGCUUGACAUUGAUCCUAAGCUGAAAGAUGCAUGGCUUGCGUUGGCCGUGAGCUAUACCAAUGAAAAUGACCGUGACGAAGCCCUGGAAGCGCUAGAGCGCUGGGUCAAUAUCAACGAUACCUACCGCGGCGUGGUGCAUGCGUAUUUACGCUCGCGUGACCAGUCAUCCAAUCGACACCGUCGUCUGGCGAAUGUCCUCAUGGCCAUGGCACGUUCGGGCGUGCCUGAUACGGGCGAGCCGAUCGAUGCAGAUAUCCAAAUGGCGCUGGGUGUGUUAUUCAACGCAUCAGGCGAGUACGAUAAAGCAGUGGACUGUUUCCGCGCUGCGCUGAGUGUGCGUCCCGACGACUGGAUUCUGUACAACCGUAUUGGCGCGACACUGAGCAAUUCCGGGCGCUCGCAGGAGAGCUUGGAGUACUACCAGCAGGCUCUCAAUCUGCGCCCUGACUUUGCCCGCUGCCAUUUCAACGUGAGCAUUUCAUGCUUGAACCUCAAAAUGUACCGCGAAGCGGCUGAGCAUGCCUACACAGCCUUGACACUGCAAAUGGCGUCUGACGAUAGCGAGUCGCCCGGCCAGCAAAGCAAUAGCCUCUGGGAGAUUCUGCGCGUCUCGUUGGAACUCAUGCGACGACCGGAUUUGGCGAGUUUGUGUGCCGAGCGCGAUAUCAGUCUCAUCCAUUUGGAUGGUGUGCAGGCCGAAACGUAG